CUGCGCUCACUGUCACCGGGCAGGGGGCAGGACGGACCGGAGAGAGGAGUGACUUUCUUUCAAAAAUAGUAUCACAGCAGCAACCGGUACAGCAGCAGCAGCAGCAGGGCGGUGUGGAGGGUGUGAAACAUGGCUCGCAACGGAAAUAAAUAACGGGACCGGGGACGAUAAUAUUUCAGCCAUAAAAAGAAAGAGAAGACCGUAACACAAGGCGAAAAGAGGAAGCGGAUAUUUCAAGCAGAGACGAAACCGGGUUAAAGUCAGUAACGUUAACACGUUUCAGUGUUGAUGUUGGUAUUUGGCCACGAAUACCUGCCGAAAAUAGUCCCGACUCCCCUUUAUUGAAGCUCCUCUGUCCUGUGUGACCCCCUGACACAGAGAGAAUGGUGAUGGAGGAGGGGGGUCAGAGAGACAGAGGGAGGGGGACUGAAGUGAUGAUGGAAGCAGACGGGAGAGAGAUCCUUGCAGAGCUUCGGGAGCAGAACUUUGAUGGCAUUUGUCUUUCUACAUAUCGAACAGCCUGCAAGCUCAGAUUCAUACAGAAAAGAUGCAACUUGCAUCUGAUCGACAUAUACAAUGUGAUCGAGGCGGUGCGGGACGCUGGUCUGAACGCUGUAGAGCUGAAUGCCGGCAUCUCCGUUACCAGACUGGAAAACUUGCUGUCCUCCCUGUUCAACCAGCUCAGCAAGCGGCUGCCCACCACACACACCAUCAACCCCCGACAGAGCGCUGCCCUGCUGGCCGAGUUCAUACUGGCAGCUGUCGACAGUGAGCCUGACAGCCGUCUAACGGUGCUCUCUGUGAAGUCGAUGCUGGCCACGCUGUGUGGAGGGAAACUUAUAGAUAAACUCCGCUAUGUGUUUUCUCAGGUGUCUGACUCCGGCGGUGUGUUGGUACAGUCCAAGUUUGAUGGUUUUCUGCGGGAGGCUCUCAAGCUGCCCACUGCUGCACAUGAAGGACCGUCCUUUGGCUACACACACACCUUAGCACGCUCAUGCUUCCCCCAGCAGAAGAGGGUGAUGCUCAACAUGUUUCUGGAUAUCGUAGCUGAGCCUCCUCCAUGUCUCGUCUGGCUGCCUCUCAUGCACCGCAUGGCAAACGUGGAGCAUGUCUAUCAUCCCGUGUCAUGCUCCUACUGUCGUGGCAACGGCAUGACAGGCUUCCGGUAUCGCUGCCUCCGUUGCCGUGGUUACCAGCUCUGCCAGAACUGCUUCUGGCGCGGCAACGCCAGCGGCUCUCACAACAGCCAGCAUCAGAUGAAGGAGCACUCAUCCUGGAAGUCGCCGGCGACAAAGCUUGGCCGGGCCCUGAGCAGGACUCUGGGCUGUGUGUCGUCCAGAGAGCACCAUCAUCCCAUUUACCCAGAAGAACCCGAGAGGACCCUCAACCUCUCCAACAUAGUCCCCGCUCGGCCCAUUGGAAACACCAGUGAAGCCAUGUUGCUGUCCUCAUCAGUGCCCGAGUCCUCCAAAAGUUUGUCAGCAGCUCAGCGUAUGAACGAGGAACACGCUCUGAUCGCUGCGUAUGUGAAUCGCCUCCAGACGACCCCGAGUAGUGUGGACAGUCCCAGAAGAGAGGAUGAGGAGCACAAACUGAUCGCCCGCUACACCUCCCGCCUGGCAGAGACUGACGGCACAGGAGUGAUACCAAACCGGAGCAUCAACUUUGAUGUGAACAAACAGAAGAGGGAGCUCAUUGCUCAGCUGGAGUGCAAAAACAGAGAGAUCUUGGCAGAGAUCAAACGUCUCCGCGUAGAGCACGACGCAGCGUGCCAGGCCAGCCCAGAAAAAGGCAGCACCAACCCGACUCUGCUGGCCGAGCUUCGUCUGCUCAGACAAAGGAAAGAUGAGCUGGAGCAGAGGAUGUCAUCUCUGCAAGAGAGCAGGAGGGAACUGAUGGUGCAGCUCGAGGGGCUGAUGAAGCUGCUCAAGGAUGAGGAACAGCGACAGGCAGCACAGGCGGCUGGCUCUUCUCACGCCUCUCCUUCUCGACCGAGCCCGUCCACCGUCCGCUCUGUAGGUGCCGCCUCUCCCCAGGCUCACAUGUACCCGCCUCAAGAUUCACUCGCUGGGGUCGGUGGAGAUGUGCAGGAAGCAUUCGCCCAAGGCCCGAGAAGGAACUUGAGGAACGACCUUCUGGUUGCAGCUGACUCCAUCACCAACACCGUGUCCUCGCUGGUCAAAGAGCUCCACUCUGAUGAUGUACGGGAGGAAGAGGAGAGAUUGCUGAACGGAAAGGACAGAGGUGCUCUCUGCCGUCUGUACUGCCGCUGCAAGCUUCAUUAACAUGCCGCCUCAUUAGCCAUGCUUUAUGGAGCCCCUCCUCUUUACAAGAGGACCGCCUGCAGAGACGAAACGGUGAAACUACUUCCUCGAGCCCAGACUUGCAUGCUUAUAAGAAUACUAACCUGCAGUACUAACCCGUCGACCCCAGAACAGCCAGACAGGCAGACAGACAGGAGGCCAGAGUUCAGCCCCAACGUUCAACACAGUUAAGUCUUAAAGUGUAAAGAUAAAAUACUGUGUUAGACUUUCCACAGUAGAGUGUUCUCUCUGGAGUUAGUAAAUUUGUGUAACACCUGCCAAGUACAGUCAUGUUUUAUGUUACUUUGCUAAGAACUGGUCUGGUUCUUGUUACAAGUUCUGGCAGAAACCUGAAGGACUUGAUUUGCCCCGGCACUGUCCUCUAACUGCUAACACACCUUCUUUCUCUCUUUAGCAGGUUAAAAUGAUCGCAGGACAAACAACAACAGCAGAGUGAUGAUUCAUCACGGCCAAAGAAGACUGACCCUGCUGGGAUUUAAAUAUAUCUUAUAUUCGUCGUUAACCAAUGGUGGUUAGAGCUCCACUGCCAAUCAACCAAUCACGAUGCUGGACACCAAAACGACCGCUGGGUCCCUACUGAUGUAUAGCUGUGAUUAUGUGUGUGUGUGUGUGUGUGUGUCUUGUCACUGUGGUUUUACUUUUGUUUUGAUUUGAUCAUGCAUAGCUAAACGAGGAAACCUACUGAUUUGUACUGUAGCGCGCAUUUUUUGUUUGUGUGUGUGUGCUCUGCGUUUUCGAGGGUCGAGGAAGUGAGAGGGACACCGUGAAGAGACGGAAAGAUGUGUUUAGGAAAUUUGUGAAGGAUUAAAAAAAAAGUGCAGGAAAGUUUCAGAAUGGAGAUGUGGGAUGUGACGAAAGUGGAGAGAAAAAGUGGAAAGUCAAAAGUGAGUUGUAAUGUUUUUAAGUUUGGGCACUGUGUGCUUAGUAUUUAUUGCUUUCAUUUGAUUUCUUUGACAUUUAUUCAUUCAGUUUGAGUGUUUAUGUGUGCGUGCGUGUGGUCCGGCCCUGCUGAGACGAUAAGCUUUAAUAAGACGUUUCCUGCUGUAUCAAGCCCGGCCCCGUGCAGGGCGGAGAGUCCCGGUCCUGGAAGAGAUUAUGACAGCAGCUCAGGUAGUCCAGGCCUCUCUGUGUAUGCUGGUACUGCAGCAGGAUGACAGUCAAAGAGGAGAUAUCUGAUUACUGUGUGUGUGUGUGUGUGUGUGUGUGAGGGAGAGAGAAUAUAAAACCGUUUGCUUCAACAGUGUAGCAAAAGAGUAGCAGAGUGGGAGGAGACCUGGGCUCUGGAAGUUUUUAUUCCCUUUACAAAUGUUCUUUUAUUAACCUGAACCUGAGACACAAUUGAAGAAAUAAGAUAGUAAAAAAUAGUUGCACAAAUGUUAUGUUUGUUCCUUUCUGACUAAUCCCUAUGGUUUGCUUUUCCUUGCAGAUUUUAAAUUUUAGUUUCACCUCAAACAGUUUGUACAAACUUUUGGAAAUCUCAAUUUUAACCAAAAGCUUUUAAGGUCAGGAAUGUCCUUACAUUUGAAUACACUCCUUGAAAAGUGCUUGAUUUUCCACAUAAUCAGUCAUUUCAUUUCGAUCAAAACAUACCAGACAAAGUUAUUAAUAAUGAUAAAAUGAAUAGCUUGGUUAAAACGUGUCAUCAUACAUUGAUUGUUGUUGGAAUAAAGUCUGUAAAUGUUGCAUUUAUAGUAACAAUUUAGAUGUGAUGAUAAAGGCUUUGAGAGUGAAUUUUUGUAUGUAAUUUAUGUACGAUACUCAAAAAUCUCUAUGAACCCUGAAUUUUUUUGUGUGUAAUCAAUAAUUGAUUGCGUUUUGAUAGAGGAUUAUAUAUUAUGCAUCAAGACAUCAAAAAAAUAAUAAAAGUCAAAAGACACAAUUAUUUUCCAACAACAAGAAAAGAAGAAAGAAAAAUGUUAAUAAUCUCAACCCUUAGGGAAAGUUUUUCUGCCAGUCUUGUAUAAAGAAUGUCUCUAAAUACUACAGUACCCAUGAGCCUUUGGGGGUAUCACUGUGGAGAAAAAAACCUGCUUGUUGUAGAAAAUAAAAAUGCUUUAUUAAUGUAAUUAGUAACAAAAAGCAUCAAAAAAUGACUCAUUAAACAAAACUUCAAGCUUUCGGAUUGGAUGUUUCUUACUGCAAUACUUCGUGGAAGUUGUAGUCAACUUUUCUUGUCUAUCUAUGCAAAAGAAAGUACAGAUUUUUUACUUUCUGAACAUUGCCCCCAAAAUAACUCCUCGCACUUUGCUAUUCAUUCAUUCUUUUUUAAAGCUUUCUGUAAAACGCAGGCGAUUGUGGGAGUUGAAGUUCACUGUGCAUGUCGACGUACAACCAGCACCCCAAAAAUCUUCUGUAUGCAAAUUAAACAACCCAAAGUGACUUACUGAGCUUGAAUCAGGUCUGGUUGGUUUAUUAUCAUGUAGCAGAUGUAAAAUAAUUUUAUUAAAGAUGUGUUUCCCGUUUUGGUUUCUGCUCGAAGGAAACUGAACUUAACUAUUGUACAUUUUUGGAUCUGUUGAACAAUUUCUUCUUUCAGACUUCACCAGCCCUCCACAUUGUUUGAUUGACAGCUUACGUCUGUGAUUAUCACAUUUUCAGACUGACUGACUGACUAUAUGAAUGAUUAAAUAAGUGAAUGACAUCUUGUUUCUGUGUGCGUGUGCGUGAGCGAGUGUGUGUUUGUGUGUGAAAGUGAGAGUGAAAUGAAGACUGACGGGACGACAGACGCGUCCUGACAUGAAACUGUAAACACCUUCAGCUCUGAACCUGCCUGAGCUGACUGACUGUGAGUUAAACGUGUGUUUCAUCUGCAAUAAAUAAUAUUUAUCGUCAAAA